AUGGAAGGUCGGAUGGAACCUUGCGUCGGCACCGUCGUGACGUGGUUCGUCUCUGCACGCCGCUUGACAGCCGGUGACGGGAUGGAUCUCCACAUCGACAUCGCCUUGACGCGCCCACCCUCGCCGACGGAGACCGCGGCUUACGGCGAAUUCGAGUCGCUCUCCACUACAACCCGAAUUCGUGGUCCCAUAGUGGAGUUCGGCCGUGCCACAACGGCACAUGGCAGCCCUAUUCAGAGAUGGCACUGCCAGCCCCCACGAGGGGAAGGGCCUAGAAUAGGUGGCCUAAACAUUGCUGGGUACCACGCCGUCUCAGGGCUAGCCAGGGCCGCAGACGUCUUAUCAUGGUCGAAACAAUCAAAAUCGAAACAACAACAAUACCUAUAACAACAACAACCAUACUCAUUCUCCUCAUCCUACCUCUUCUUCCUCUACCUCCGUCUAUUCUUCUGCCUAUUCUUCUCCUUCGUCAUCUUCUUCUCCACCUCCUUCCCAUCGCCCCACUCGUUUUCCCCAGACUGACAGGGUGAGCCCGCUCACUCUGGCAGCCUGGAAUGUUCGUUCCCUUUUAGACAAUCCGAGGAGCAACCGACCGGAACGGAGGACGGCGCUAGUGGCACGAGAACUUGCGCGCUACAAGGUGGACAUCGCCGCACUCAGCGAAACCCGUUUCUCCGAACAAAGCCAACUGGAGGAGGUGGGUGCCGGCUACACCUUCUUCUGGAGCGGUCGAUCCAGGGCAGAGCGACGGGACGCGGGCGUCGCCUUCGCCAUUCGGAACGACAUCGUGGGACGACUACCCUGUUUGCCGCAGGGCAUCAACGAUCACCUGAUGAGCCUCCGCCUGCCUCUCUGGCGAGGCAAAUUCGCCACCAUCAUCAGCGCCUACGCUCCGACGAUGACCAACCCCGACGCCGUCAGAGACAAAUUCUACGAGGACCUGCACGCUCUCUUGGCGACUAUGUCGAAGACGGACAAGUUGAUUGUCCUUGGUGACUUCAACGCCCGCGUCGGCACAGACCAUACUGCCUGGAGAGGAGUGCUGGGUCCCCACGGUCUCCGCGGUUCAAACGACAAUGGUCUGCUGCUUCUCCGCACCUGCGCAGAACAUCGCCUCAUCCUGACGAACACCUUAUUCUAUCUGCCGGAGCGAGAGAAGGCCACCUGGAGGCAUCCUCGGUCGCGUCAUUGGCACCUGCUGGACUAUGCCCUCGUCCGGAGGCGAGAUCAGCGGGACGUGCUGGUGACGAAGGCGAUCACGGGUACUGACGGGUGGAUCGACCAUCGCCUCGUCAUUUCGAAGAUGCGUAUUCGCCUACAGCCUCGCAGGAGACCACAAGGUAAGCGACCCCCAGGUAAGCUGAAUGUUGCCUUGUUGUCUUUGCCCGCUCACCAUCUUCAUUUUAGCAAUGAGCUAGCUCAAACGCUAGACAAUCUUCCUAUCGCUGCCGCCGACGACGCCGCCGCUGCCGAGAACGCAUCCGUGGAGAACCGCUGGUGUCAACUGCGAGACACGAUCCAGUCAACGGCGCUCGCCGUCCUCGGUCGCGCUCCCCGCCAACACCAGGACUGGUUCGACGACAACGACGCCGCCAUCAGAAAUCUGCUUGCUGAGAAGAACCGCCUACACAAAGCCUACGUAGAUCACCCCACUGAUGCCACCAAAGCUGCCUUCUACCGCAGUCGCCGACAGCUUCAGCAACGACUGCCUGAGAUGCAGGACGCCUGGACUGCUCGCAAAGCUGAAUAG